AGUCAAUGUCCCGGAUGCAGUAGGAGCUGGUUGCCAGGAGACGGGGCCGCGGGUCAGCAACUGCCAGAGACAUGGAGGAGGAUGUGGACACAAACCCGAGAAUGGUGAAGACGGGCCGCCGAGCUCGCCAGGCUCUGGAGCCCUCACAGGAGGAAACCCUCGUCACUCGCCAAACCCCGUCCACUGGCUGCUUGGCUGAGGGGCCCCCCGGGAAGCCCGCUCGGCGGCAGGGAGGAUGGGCCGACGACACCGCACGCUCAGCCAAAUCAGGACGCAAAGUUCCAGACGAGAUUGAAGAUAAGCGACUGAGACCAGACACCCCCGAGGGAUCAGAGGAUGGUGGAGACAUUCCCAUUAUCCCGGACCUGGAGGAUGUGCAGGAGGAGGAUCUCGCGAUGCAGGUGGCCGCUCCCCCAAGUAUUCAGGUGAACAGAGUGAUGACGUACCGUGACCUGGACAAUGAUCUGAUGAAAUACGCAGCUUUUCAGACUCUGGAUGGAGAGAUCGAUCUGAAGUUACUGACCAGAGUCCUGUCAGCUGAGCAGGAAGUGAGAGAGGAGGACGAGAGCUGGGACUGGGAGCUGCUGUUCACUGAAGUGGCCUCUGAUCUGCUGAUGGAGUGUGACGAUGGUGCGGGUCAGGGCGAAGAGGACCCCAAACAGCUGUCCCUGCAGGGCUGAGCCUGACCACUGACCUUUCCUUUUCCGUGUGUAUAAUGUCCUGUGUUAUUAAUGUUACUGUAAUCAAAUAUCAAAUACAAUUAGAUUU